AUGCAGUAUUCACGUCCAAGCGUUCCACCUCCAGGUCAUGAGUCCCAGGGGACAAGAGGGUACCCACCUCAGCAGCAACAACCUCCGCAAUAUUAUCAACAACCGCCACAACAACAAUAUUACCAACCUCAACAACAACCUCAAUAUUACCAGCAACAACAACAACCUCAACCUCAACCUGUUUAUGUGCAGCAACAAGCUCCUCAACGUGGUAAUGAGGAUUGUUUGACUGGUUGUUUGGCAGGGUUGUGUAUAUGUUGUACUUUAGAUAUGUUAAUGUAA